UCUUUAUUUGUGCUUUUUUUUUUUUGCAUGUAUGGUGUAUUUUGAAGCCAAAGGUGUGAACAAGCUUGUGAAAGUGCUCGUGUGUGUGUGUCCUCGCAUUGUCAUGUUCUCCUUUGUGUGGGGAUUUCUCUGCAUGACUGCCAGGUGCGAUGGCUCCAUUCAUCGGUGCUACUCUGAUCCUUCGGAUAAUAUAACAAGCAUGAGCACCCCCCUCCUCCAGUGAACAUCCUACCCCUACAAUUAACCUAACAAUGUUUUUGCUGCUUGAAACCAGGUGCUUUUGGAUAAGCUAUUGAGUUAUUAAUCUUUGCCUUGGUAUAGCAGUAUUUUAAGCACUUCCUGCAAGCCUUUCCUUUGUUUUGACAUGAAGUACAAAGCGGUUGCACAACAGAGGAGCAGGGUAAUCCACUAUUUCAAUAGCAACCUGUGACACGGUAAGCAAUAUGUCACUGUCACUGCACAACAGCCCUUUGUGCUUGGAGCGCGGAGUUGGUCGAGUGAGUUUAGACAACGUAUGAAUAUUUGGAAACAAAUAGAUCUUUUCUCCAGCACUUCUUCUCUUUUUAGUGAGUUUUCUUAUUUCAACACAUUUGAGCACAUUAGGGCAGGUUUGGCUUGUAGACUUAUUGUGAAUACCUCAAUUUACCUUAAGUCUUUCUGUAGCUGCAACCGGCUCUUGUGUGUGUCCAAUUAGCGGAUAGCAGGUGUCUCUGGCGUAAACAGAGAAGGUAGAGAGGAGAGGGGCAACAGGUGGAGGGGGUAGAGAAGGAGGAGGAAGGGGUAAGUGGGAUGGGUGGAGUAAGGGAUGUAUUUAAGACGGUGUAGUCCUCAUCCUCCUUAACAGUUGCUUUUACCUCCUCUCUUUGCACCUGAGCAGCAGGCCAGCACUAAUCCUCCACUCAGAAUGUCUUUGCCUAACUCCGAGAAUGCUUCCACCUUGGAGAAUGCCAUGCAGCUCAUGAUCCAGACCUUCCAUAAGUACUCUGGAAAUGAUGGGGACAAAUAUACACUGAGCAAGGUUGAGCUCAAAGAAAUGCUUACCAAAGAGCUUGGCAGCUAUCUGGGGAAUGCCCAGGAUAAGGAAGCUGUGGAGAAGAUUAUGGGAGACCUGGAUUCCAACAAUGAUGGAGAGGUAGAUUUUACAGAGUUCAUCAUUUUGGUUGGAGCUCUCACUGUGGCCUGUAACGACUUCUUCCUGGAGUACAAUGACAAGCAAGAGAAGAAGUGAACACACCCUUCGCCCAGAGUCUCCACUUAAAAAUCCCACAUGUUCCAGGGAGGAAGCACUUAAGGAGAGAGAGAAGGCCCGUUUGGGACAUCCUGUCAUGGACCUCAAGUUCACAAACACACAGACACACACACAAACAAACCUCUAAUAGAGAAAUAAAUGUUGUGUUUUGUCUUCAAUGUCUCUUGAAUUCAUUCAAACUGUAAUAUUACUGCAAAGUGAACAUCUUUAGUGUUUCAAGAGCUGUCAUUCUUGAAUAUGUGAAUAUCUCUCUUUCUGCUCUUUUCGUGCAUCUUGUCACACAUUUAAGUAAGGGAUGCCCCCCUUUCCCUGAAAAAAAUAAAUGUGACCUUUACUCAAACAAGUUGGCUAUGCAUUAUUACAGAAGAGAACGAGAAUGAACAAACAACGAGCACCAGGUGGCAGCAAGUGGUCCUCUGAAUCCAGCGGUUUUGGUGCAUUAUUUCUAAUUUGCAUUGCCACAUGGGUACAGCAGUUUGUGCCAGAGGUGGAUGGAUGCAGACCGGAGAUACUAUGUGGUAUUUACGAAAUACACAUUCUAAGAUGCUGUCUUUAAGUAUUGCUAAGCGUAAGAUAUGAGAGACAGUUAUUCCUGCUGUGGUGUGAAUUAUUCAAACUGGUUCUCUGCACUAAAAAUGUCAGGUUUCUAUGUGUAGAUAAGAACUACCUACAGUCCUGUUUUCACAGUAGAAUAAUCAGAACCCAGAGUGACCUUGACAGGGCUUUAAACACAUUAUUGUUUAAAAGCCCUGCUUCCUAAGAGAAAAAAAAGUACUGUGUGACUGAGUGUG